AUGCCACGUAUGCCACGCAGCGGAAAGGAGGUUCGAAAGCAACUAGUUAUUAUUGAGGAACUAAUUCAAAAUCCGACGAAUCGAUGUCUUGCAGUAAUUUACGUGAACAUAGCGAUUUUUGUAAUUGGUUACAUAAUAUUAUUUACUUACAACAUAUAUUGUUAUUUUCGUUAUCGACGAGCAUGGGCAGCUGAAGCAAAUGGCCAUGCAAUAUUUAAAUUGAAUCAUCCGAUAGCUGACUCGAAUUCACCGCAAAAUCUGCAAUAUACUGUCAGAAAGGCAGCAAUAGCAGCAGCAAAACGAGAUUUUGUCAAAUUAUCAGUAAGUCUGACAGAAACAAUAUUAGAAGAGGAAGAAAUGAUAAAAGGUGAAGCCGCGGAAGAAAGAAUGAAAUUGGUUCCGUACAAAAUAUGUUUCCAUAUAUCUAAUAGGACCGAAUUUCACAGUACUGACUUGAUUAUUAGCCUCACUUCGGAAGCUAAUAAUACUGUCAAUACUGUGAAAUUCGGUUCUAUAAGAUAUAUGGAAAGGGUUAAUCCGGAAAUAUCAGCAAAACGGGAAUUAUUAAUGAUUGAUGAUGCAACAUCGUUGGAAAAGAUCAGUAAGUUAGAAGAGAGAAUUAGUUCGGAGAUAUCAGCAAAACGGGAAUUAUCAGUGAUUAAUGGUGCAACAUCGUUGGAAAAGAUCAGUGAGUUGGAAGAGAGCUUUAGUGUACCGGAUUUAUUCGACGAAAGCGAUGAAACAUCAACUUCAUCCUUGAUGAGGACCAAAGAGAGAAAUUCACCUUCACGAUUCCUUAGCAGUAAUAAAGAAGCUGAAAACUUUUUGAGAUCCGAUGAACAUUACGAUUGUAACAAUAGUCAGUUUGGAAAUUCCAGUAAAUUACAUUCAGCAGGAUGUCGUGGCGGAAUGUUGCAACCAGAAAUUUAG